AUGUCUGAACAGCUUGCUGAGAAAAUUCCAGACGAAAUUACUGCAGCCCUUUAUCCGGGACCAGUCGCUGCCACAGGUGUCGAGGAAGGCGAUGAGCACGAUGAACCAUUGGAGAAAACCGAGGAGAAAGCAGGAGCGAAGAACGUUUCUAGCUUACUACAGUCCCAAGAUAACGCUUGGAUGAAGAUCCUUUAUUUUGCCGGGUCCUGCUCUGUGAACCUCGUCUUGCCAUUUUUCAAUGGUCUGAUGCUGGGAUUUGGAGAGUUGAUAGCUCACGAAGUCAGUUGGAAGCUGAAUUGGUUCAAAAAGUCAAAUCAAGGUUACAAAAUAUAUCCAGAGACCCGCAAAAUUGCCGCUCAGAAACAAAUGGAACUGGAACAACAGAAACUGGAUAAAAGAGCCGAGCAAUUCCUGUAG